GGGAACGUCUGUGGAACAGAGCGAGGGGAAGGUUUUCAAUAGAAGCCUUUGGUAGAGACUGUUUGGUUUGGCCGGGUUCCCUUCUUUUAUUUACUGAAUUCCACAAGUGACCAACACACACACACAACAGCUGAAAAUGAAGUUCAUCAUCGGCAUCGGAGGAGUGACCAACGGUGGGAAGACCACUUUGACAAACAGUCUUCUAAAGACAUUACCUAACUGCUGUGUCGUGCAUCAGGAUGACUUCUUCAAGAAACCCGAUCAAAUAGAAGUCGGGGAGGACGGCUUUAGACAGUGGGAUGUUAUCAGCGCCCUGGACAUGGAGGCGAUGGUUAACACAGUGAAGGGCUGGCAGGAGAACCCGGUCAAGUUCGCCCGCUCCCACGGGGUCAGCCUAUCACCUGAAGCCGAGGAGUCCGAGAAGGGGACCCACAUCCUCAUCAUCGAGGGGUUCCUCAUCUAUAACUACAAGCCUCUGAUCGACGCCUUUGACAAAUGUUACUACAUUGACAUUCCUCGUGAGGAGUGCAAAAGGAGGAGAAGUACAAGGUCAUACACAGUCCCAGACCCCCCCGGCCUGUUCGACGGCCACGUCUGGCCCAUGUUCUUGAAACACAGGAAUGAGAUGGAAAGGAACUGCGACUCAUUAGAGUAUCUCGACGGGACGACAUCUACUGAAGCCAUUUACAACAAUGUCUAUGAAAGCAUUCAGAACUCCCUGCUCAACAAAUCAUAGCCGGACGGGGACAUCUGCGGACUUGUGUAUAGACUUGUAAAUAUGAUGUUGAGUAAAUGUGUAACACCAGCUCGGUUCUUCUAGUCUGAUCUGUAAAUAGUCAAUCAUGUAACUUAUUAAGAACUAAUGACAGAAGUUGUUUUGUUUUCUAUAAUCCUGUAACUUUUUCUAAAACGAUGAACCACCUCUUGACACCCCCGGUGUUUAACAUCAGGGGCAGAUAUCAAAUCAGAUUGAAGUCAAAAUCCCCAUUGGGAGGAACGAUUUGUGUUAUGCAACAUAAAGAAAUGACUGAAUCCAC